AUGUGUGACAUUUUUUUGAAAGAAGAUGUUAGACAACUGUUCAGAGGAAAGCAUGUUGUGUUCAUGGGAGACUCAAAUAUUAGAGCUUUAUACAAGGACAUGGUUUGUUUAUCUGAAAAUUCAAAAUUCAUCACUCUCACUAAUUUGAAAUCAAAGCUGCCAAGCUCUGUUUACGGUGACAAGUUGGUUUUUAGUGGGCCACUUUGCAAUGGGCGUAAUUAUCGAGAAGAACGAGACAAACGUUUGAGUGGAAACACUAAUUUUUCAUACUUCUUCCUCACAAGAGUUUUUGAUGACUAUGUUGAAACAGUAUUGAAGCACAUCACUUCAUCACAAGAUAAGCCAGAUGUUGUUGUUCUCAACUCUUGUGUCUGGGAUAUAAGCAGAUGGGGUCCUAAUGGCAUAAAAAUGUAUAAAGAAAAUUUAGUUAAACUAAUGAAGCAAUUUCAGAAGCUGUUACCAAAGAAUUGCCUUGUCAUAUGGGUAACUACACCUCCAAUUGCAUCUGAAAUGAAAGGAGGUUUUUUGGUUAAAGAAUUGCAGUUCUUGAAGUACUCAUUGCGUUUUCACGUAGUCGAGUCUAACUACUAUGCCCGCAAGAUUGUUGUUUCUCACGGCUAUGAUGUGCUGGAUUUUCAUUAUCAUUUAAGGAUGCAGUUGCAUCGAAGAGAUACGGAUGGUGUACAUUGGUUUCCGGAAGCCGUGCGUUACCUUCUGAAUUUACUUCUGACCCACAUCAGUUUAGCUUGGGGAAAACCACUUCCUCAUCGGUAA